AAAGUGGGAGAAGAAAAAGCUGGCAAAGGCAUCUGAGUUAUGUUCGUCAUGAUUAAAAAGCUCCAGAAAACAUAUUUUGGCAUACCUUUGAGUCAUUUUUUAACUUUUUGCAAAGAAAUAGACAAAAAAAGAGCGCCAUCGAAACGUUUCAUAACAAACCAAGCGGAUUUGCUAUUUUCAAGUGGGAAAAUCGAAAGAGAACUUUUGAAAAUGAUAGUACCAACAACAAAAUUAAAUAAUGGCGUUGAAAUGCCUAUUGUUGGAUUUGGUACUUGGCGUAUGCCAGCCGACCGUGUGGUGUGUUUGGUGCAGGAUGCCAUCGAUGUGGGUUACCGGCACAUAGACUGCGCCGACAGUUAUGGCAAUCAGAAAGAUGUGGGUUGUGCGAUUCAAGAGAAAAUCAAAGAGGGUGUAGUGGAGAGAAAAGAUCUAUUCAUCACUGGCAAGUUGUGGAAUACAAAACACGAUCCUAAUUUGGUGCGCAGCGCCUGUGAAAAUGCUUUAAAUAUGUUAAAGAUCACCUAUUUUGAUAAUUACCUCAUACAUUGGCCCACUGGCUUCGCAGACAGCGAAGAAAAUUACCCCAAAGAUAAAGAUGGCAAAACUAUAUUUUCCGACAUUGAUUAUGUAGAUACAUGGUGUGCCAUGGAGGCUUUGGUGGAAUGUGGCCACUGUCGAUCUAUUGGUUUGUCAAAUUUCAAUAUUGAACAAAUAAAACGUGUGCUCGAAGUAGCGCGCAUCAAGCCCGCCAACUUGCAGAUAGAGUGUCAUCCGUAUCUAAAUCAAAGUAAAUUAAUCGCUUUCUGUGCCGAAAAUAAUAUUUUGGUAUCAGCUUAUAGUCCUUUAGGAUCGCCGCAUUCGCCAUAUGCGAAGCCGGGUGCACACAAGCUUUUACAACAUCCGUUAAUUGUUAAAUUAUCGGAGAAGUAUCAGAAAGGACCUGCACUGGUGCUGCUACGAUAUCAAAUACAACGAGGCAAUGCAGUGAUAACCAUGUCCACGCGCCGUGAGCAUAUGGCGGAUAAUCUGAAAGUAUGUGAUUUUGAACUGAGUGAAACGGAAAUUACCGAAAUUAACUGUCUGGAUUUCAACGGGCGUUAUAAUCUAAUGGAAAACGCAAAAGGACAUCCACACCACCCCUUUAAGGAUGAGCAAAAUUAAUAUACUUACACUUAUUGAGUGAAAUUUUAUUGAAUUAUUGACACAUCAAGAGCAUGCUCAAAUGGAAUAGCUAGGAAUAAUUCGAUAUUUAACCAACGGAAUUUCUACAAAACAUAUUGUUUUUGUUUGUAUAAUUCAUUUAAUUUUUGAGAUAUCGAAAAUAAAAAUAAUAUUUUUAUUUGCUGCUGUUGACAUGACGAUUCAAUGUGAUA